CCAAUGUGGUUAAUAACCUUACCCGUCUCUGAUUAGAUAGUGUCGUACCUUAGUCUAGAUAAUAGUAGCAAUACAAAAUAAUCCUCUGAGUUAAAUCCAGAUGUGCAAAACCUUAAUCGAGGGCAUUACAGGUUUAGACUCUUAACAAAACAUAAACACCCAAUAAUGCAAAUCUCAGACCGUUUUAAACUACGGAUGAAGACCUGUGCACAUUCCCGGUUUACUGUAGUAGCUUCCAGUUCCUCUUGUUUGGGACAGUGAAGUGAACCAUGUGGAUUACUUUACCCCUGAGGAGAUGAAUGCCGGAGCUGUACAGAGGAUGGCUGAAAGAGAUGGGAAGGCAGACUUGCCCAUUAUUCCUGGGCAGGUUUACGUUGAAGUGGAAUAUGACUACGAGUACAAGGCAAAAGACAAGAUGAUCGUGAUAAAGCAAGGAGAGCACUACAUCCUGGUCAAAAAGACCAACGAGGACUGGUGGCAGGUCAAACAGGAUGAGAACACCAAGCCCUUCUACGUGCCAGCUCAGUAUGUGAAGGAGCUGAGGAAGGCACUAAUGCCGCCACAGAAGCCCCUGCUCUCCAGUCCCAGCGGAUCUUUGAAAGCAAAGUCCUGUGCUCUGGACAUCCAGCCUUCGCAAAGGUCCAACGAGAACCUGGCCAAGACCCCAGAGCUCUCCAGCUUUGGAAAGCACUCCCUGGUGCACAGUCACCUACCAGCCCUGCCCAGAGACGCUAACCAGAACCUGGCUCCAGGGAGCAGCCCGGGGCAGAACCGGCGAGGUGGAGAGCACCACCAGAACAACAACACCACCACCUCAAUGGGGGGGACUGAUUCUCCUCCUAGGAUCCCCAAUCACAACAAGGCAACCACGUUGGGGCGGGAGGCAAUCCUUGAUGUGGAUGCUGAAAAAACACCCCCCCAUGAACACCCCCACGGCAAUUUGACCAGAGAUAGCUCGGAGAAACACCGGAACGACUCAGAGUCUGGAGAUGACCUGAGCAGCAGCUCCACAGAGCACAUGCAGACCACUUCCCCGACAGGCCAGGGCAGAGCCGAGUCUCCAGUGUAUGCAAACCUGCAGGAGCUGAAGAUCUCGCAGUCCAGUCUGCCACCCGUCCCCACCGGAUCGCCCCUGCAAACCAGCGGGGAGUGGGACACUCACAAAGAUCUCAACGGGAGGCACUACUACUUCAACAGGGCCACCCAGGAGCGCACAUGGAAGCCCCCUCGUGCACGGGACACCAGCAGCAGCAGCAGCAGCAGCACCCGAGGGGAGCCUCAUGUCUCUGGGGAUCAGGAGCUCCUUUCGUCCGAAGAGAACUGCCAUAGCACUUAUUCCAGCCAGUCAGAUAGUCAGUAUGGGUCUCCUCCCCGAGGCUGGUCUGAGGAGCUGGAUGAACAUGGGCAGACCUUGUAUGUCAGUGAAUAUACUAGUGAAAAGUGGAUAAAACAUGUUGAUGAACAAGGUCGACCAUAUUACUAUAGCGCAGAUGGUUCAAGAUCUGAAUGGGAACUACCGAAAGUGAGUAAGCAAGCUGAAGAACGGAAACCUUAUAAACUCUCGCCACCACUGCCGGGAGAAUUUCCUAAAAGCAGAAGUCUGGACCGGAAGCAAGUUGAUCCUAUAGUGUUAACAAAGUGGAGGCACAGCACAUACGUGCUGGAUUUAAGUGACAAGUUGUCUGUCGUACACAAGCGUAAUGCAUCUGAACAUCACACGGGAGUUAUUGCUCCCCCACCUUAUCAUGAACAAGAAUCUCCAACCACUCCAAAGCAAGGCUUUUCUGAUUCUGAUUCCUGCCCUUCCUCUCCAAAGCACCCUACAGCUGCUUCAGAGAAAUGUGGAGUGUUAAAUGUAACCAAAAUCACAGAACAUGGAAAGAAAGUUAGGAAGAACUGGACAUCCUCGUGGACUGUGCUGCAGGGCUUCACGUUGUUAUUUGCCAAAGGUCAAGGUGGCGGGACUGGUUGGUCGUACUACCAAAGGGGCUCGAUCCCUGAGCUGCUCCUCUCGCUGCUAGCCAACUGGAAACGCUCGGUCAAGUGGCGGCCCGCUGUCUCCUAUGUAAACUCUGGCCCUGUUACAGCUGCCACUAAGUUUGGGGGCAGUCAAUCUAAACCCGAAUUUAUUGUGGAUCUUAGAGGGGCGAUCUUGGAAUGGGCUUCAAAAGACAAAUCCAGCAAGAAGCGUGUCUUGGAGCUAAAAACACGGCAAGGAACUGAGCUGCUAAUUCAGUCUGAAAAUGACACUGUUAUCAACGACUGGUACAAAGCACUGGGAGAGAUAAUAAGUACUCAUGCUUGGGAGUCUGACGAAGCAAUCGAAGAAGACAUGCCAGAGUCUCCUGGAGCCGAUAAACACGACAAGGACAGCAGAGACUCGAAGAAAUCACGCUCCAUGAAGAGCUCUGUCAGUAUAGAUUCUUCAGACCAGAAGAAGACCAAGGUAAAACUGAAGAAGUUCCUGACUCGCCGACCCACACUGCAGGCAGUCAGAGACAAGGGCUAUAUUAAAGAUCAAGUAUUUGGAUGUAACCUGACCAGCCUCUGUCAGAGGGAGAACUCUACUGUGCCACACUUUGUUAGGAUGUGUAUCGAUCAUUUAGAAAAGAACGGUUUAAAUGUUGAUGGUUUAUACAGAGUAAGUGGAAACCUGGCUGUGAUACAGAAGCUACGAUUCGCUAUAAAUCACGAUGAGAAUGUGGACCUGAAGGAUAGUAAAUGGGAAGAUACUCAUGUCAUCACUGGAGCGCUGAAGAUGUUCUUUAGAGAACUGCCCGAGCCUCUCUUCACACAUAACUACUUCAAUGACUUUGUCAGUGCUAUCAAAAGUCAGGAUUACAAGCAGCGUGUGCAGUCUAUAAACAACUUAAUCAAGCAGUUGCCAAAACCUCACCAGGACACCAUGCAGGCACUCUUCAAACACCUCAGAAAAGUUAUAGAGCAUGGAGAAGAGAACCGUAUGAACACUCAAAGUGUUGCUAUAGUGUUUGGCCCGACUCUCCUAAGACCCGAGACAGAGACUGGAAACAUUGCAGUACAUAUGGUAUAUCAGAACCAGAUUGUAGAAUUGAUCCUAUUGGAGUACGAGAGCAUUUUCGUCAGGUAAAACUGCAUGAGAAGGGGACAGACUUGCCAAGCUAUGUACCAUGCAAUCAAAGCUUACACUUGUGACUUAUGCUGUGGACCAAGCAAGGAGAAAAAAGUUCUAAAACCUUUAUUUAACGUUUUGGAGCUGUGUUUUUUUUUUUUUGGUUGCCAUUCCUGCAAGUAGAUGCUGUUACUUCAGAAGCCUGUGGUGUUUACCCUACUGAAAAUGGAUCAGUCCAUUACAAAUACUUAACAAGACGAUACAGUUAAUAGAGAUUAAUCCUAGCCUAAGUUGCAAAGACAAGUAAGUAUUGCGGGGAAGUUGCAUACACUGGAUUACUUGGCCAGUAUUGGCAAUUGGACGUCUCAACGGUGUUCACUGCACAUCCGUAACGGUUCGCAGCCGAUGCCAGAAGGCAGUGGUUUCCGUCAGCGAUUUAGAAAGUGAAAAAAUAAAGGUUGUUAUUGUUAGCUUUUCAUCUGGAUAAAGUGUUCUGUUGAGUGUUGCUGUUUAUGUGCAUGUACGUGCUUUCUGCACAGUGACGGCUCUGGCUGGAAGGAUUCCUCAGCCCAUCACAAUCCGAAGGCACAUUGCUGCCCAGCAGUGCAUGACAGCACACCUUUAUUUCAUCUAAAUAAAUAUCAAAGACUUGGAUGUGCUGAAAGGAAGAGAUUAUCCUACUUCUAGGGUACCUGGGUUCUGUUUUGUAUUAUUAUUAUUAUUAUUAUUAUACUGGAAAUGUUCACAGCAUUGUAGAGCACUUGUUAAACUACUACUGAUCAAAAACAAGUUAAUCCUGGUAAAGCAUUUGGGGGGGGGGCCGCAUGUUCAUAUGGAAUUAGCACAUUGCAGUUCUAUGCAUUUAUCAUUGUGCCAAUACUCUCUAAAAAUGUCCCUGAGUUAAAUGGAAACUCUGGUCCUAGUGUCAGCCAGUCAUAUACAACUGAAAUGAUUUCAGUGCUGAGGAAAUAAUCAAAAUUUGUUAUGAAAUGAAAUUUGUUGUAAAUAAGCUAAUGGUCUGAUCACCAUUAGCAAGUGUACAUAGAUUUAAUGUAUAGUUUCAUGAACUAAUGUAGGCUUCACUCCUGCAAUAACAGUUUAUUUUCAAGCUAUUUAGCUUUAAGACAGUAUUUUCAGGUGCUUUGCUGGGUUAGGGUUAAAAGGGUAUUUGAGUUCCUGAGUACGUGCAACUUUUAUUACAGAUCAAUACUAACUUUGUGCACUUUCUGUCUUUUAAUUUUUUUUUUGUCUCCCAUUUCCAGGGCAAUAUUACCUGUUUGUUAUGGAAAUGGUACUGGAAAUAGUAUUGAAUAGACUUGUGGCAAAUAGGUGGUACGUUGCAAACAGCCUUUUAAAAUGACUGAUACGUACAGCUUAAUCUUGAGAAAUUGCCUAGUGGAAUGUAUUGUACAAAUCUCUAACCAGAAGUGAACUGUGUACGUAUGCUUUGGUGGUGUGAUGGUAGUUUUAAAAAAAUAAAUAAAUAAAUAAUAAUAAUAAUAAUAAUCACCUUUUAAUGUUUAUUUUUUAUAUAUAAAUAUUCAAUAACAUAGACUGAUUUGUUUAAAAAUAAAAAAAAUAAAUAAAAAUUGGUUUGGGAAGUUUAUCUGUUACUGGGAGCAUGGUCAACAGCACAUUUUUUAAUGUAAUUUUCUAGACUAACUGCUGUUUAUGACAUUGUUAUGUCUAAUCUGAAUUAAAAAAAAAAAAAAAAGACUGUGUUCUGUUCA